CUCGUACUAGCCAUAAAUCCGACGCUCUCCCAAGAAGAGAGAAGGAGCAAAGGACUCACGGCGUUUUGGGCAGCCCGCUUGCCGCCUCAAGACACGCCAUCAUCUAACCAUGGCGGACCCGGGCAGCCCCAGGGGCAGCGAGGCCUCGGCCAUCGACCUCACCUUCGCCCUCGAGGCGGCCGGGGAGACCCAACCCCAAAGGGCCUCGGACAAGGCAUCCGGGGAAUGGCUGCCCUUCACGGCCGCGGGCGACACGCCGACCUACGCCGCGGCCGUGAGCCCGACGCACGCGUCGCCGCUGCGGCGGCCGCGGUCGCGGGGCGUCAACGCGGUGUCCUUCGACACGGCGCCCGACUUAGGGGUGCUCGGCGGCUUCCGGAAAUGCGUCAACUGCGACCGGGCGGCGACGCGCUGGUGCAGCCGCGCGACCUGGCCCUCCUGGGCCGCGCCCGACGAAAGCAAGGCACGGGACCCGCGCGCGUGCACCGGCUCGCCGCUCAAGCGCCGCGCGGAGAAGCCGGCGUGCCCGACGACCGGCCCCAUCUUCUGCGACGCCUGCGCCGCCUCGAAAUAUAACGGUUGCGAGGCCUGCGGCGCGUUGGAGUCUGUGUGGAAAUCAACCAGUGCGACGGGUGCACGACAAUUCUUUACUAAGUCAUUUCUCGGCGAUGACGCGGCCGUCCUGGCUCUGUCGAGCGGUGAAGAACCGGCAUCACCACGCCAUCGAGCAGGCGUCGCGUCGAUGGCGUGGAGGACGACGCGACGAUUCAGCACGAACGCGCCGUAAAAUUUUGAUUUCCACACAGGUUGGAGUGCGACACGUGCGCGCGCGACACGGCGGCGCCCGCGGCCUUUGCCAAGUACUGCGCCGCCGAGACCCGCAAGGCCGCCGACGCCGGCGACUACCCGGCCUCGCCCAUCCGCCCCCACGCCUUCCGGGCCCUGCGGCCCCGGCCCUGCGACGCGUGCGGGAAAACCAAGUGCGUGGCGUGCUACCGCGAGUGCCGCCUCUGCCACAAGAUCGUCUGCGUGGCCUGCGUCUCGGCCAAACCCUACCUCUUCCGCAAGGACCUCUCCGCCUGCGAGCGCUGCGUCUACGACGCCGACGCCUUAGAGUCGGAUCCGUGCCACGGCUCCUUCCGCCACGCGCCUUGACUUUCAUCAAUCCGCGCGUCUAAGUUAGGCUACGUUCUCGG